CAAAGACUCUCUCUUUGGGCCUGAAAAACAGAAAAACCCUUUUUUUUUUUUCUCUUCCUCUGCGCUCUCUGCAGAGAAACACGGUUUCUCUGCGCGCAAAGGUGAAAAAAAUUAAAAAAAAGUCCCAAUUCUCUCCGAAAACCGAAAUCAAUGACGAAAAAACCGAAGGCGGAGGGAGCGGAGGAGCCUUUGCCGGACCACCUCCGGUGCGGGCGCACCGACGGCCGGCAAUGGCGGUGCCGGCGGAGAGUGAAGGAAAGCCUGAAGCUGUGCGAGAUUCACUACCUCCAAGGUCGCCAUCGGCAGUACAAGGAGAAGGUUCCGGAGUCCUUGAAGCUUCACCGGAAGCGCAAGACGAGCGACGAGGAGCCUAGUGCUGUGGACAAUGUCGAAUCUAGGGCACGGAGAACCUCGAGAAUCGUGAAGAAGAAGCGCAGGCUUUCGGAGAGUCCCGAGUCCCCGGUGGCGGCGACUCCUUCUCUUGCGAAGAAGAAGGCGCCGAAGCAGGGCGAUAUGCAGUUGGAGCUCAUAAGGAUGGUUCUCAAGAGAGAGGCGGAGAAGAAGAACAAAAACAACAAGGGCAAGAAGAAAAAUAAGAAGAAGAACAAGAAGAAGAAGAAAAAAGAGGAGGAAGAGGAAUUGUGUUACGGUGAAGGGGAGUUGAGGAGGGAAUUGCCGAAUGGUGUGAUGGAAAUCUCUCCGGCUUCGCCUACUCGUGAUUACGACAAUGUGGCUUCGCAUUGUGACGUGAAAGUUGGUGUUGAUUCUAGAACUGUUACUCCGCGUUACUUUAGGUCCAAGAAUGUUGAUAGAGUCCCUGCGGGGAAGUUGCAGAUUGCGCCUUAUGGAUCGAACUUGAAGAAGGGUACCAAGGGUAAGAGGAAGAAGUGUCAUUGGUGCCAGAGAAGCGAGUCUUGCAAUCUGAUCCAGUGUUCGAGCUGUGAGAGGGAGUUUUUCUGCAUGGAUUGCAUUAAAGAGCGGUAUUUGGAUACUCAAAAUGAAGUUAAGAAGGCAUGUCCAGUUUGUCGUGGAGCUUGCACUUGUAAGGAUUGCUCAGCAAGUCAAUGUAAAGACAGUGAAAGUAAGGAAUAUUUGACUGGUAAGAGCAGCGUUGAUAGAAUAUUGCAUUUUCAUUAUUUGAUCUGCAUGCUCCUUCCAGUACUAAAGCAUAUAAGUGAAGAUCAGAAUAUUGAGCUAGAAACAGAAGCAAAAGUUAAAGGAAAAAAUAUUUCUGAUAUUCAAAUCAAGCAGGUUGAAUUUGGCUGCAAUGAGAAAAAUUAUUGCAAUCACUGCAAGACACCUAUUUUGGAUCUCCAUAGAAGCUGCCCGAGCUGUUCAUAUAGCCUAUGCUCAAGUUGUUGUCUGGAAUUAAGUCAGGGAAAAGCAUCUGGAGAAAUUAACUUAUCUGCAUUCAGUCGACUUGAUAAAAUGAAAAGUAGCAGUGCUAGUGAGAGCCAGACUUUGGACGAGAAGCCCAUAUCUAGUGAUACUUCAAUAUUGACUGAGUGGACAAAUUGUAAUGGCAUUGAUACUCUGUCAUGCCCUCCAAGAGAAUUUGGUGGUUGUGGUAAUAGCCACCUUGAGUUGAGAUCUGUUUUCCCCUCCAAUUGGAUCAAAGAGAUGGAAGUAAAGGCAGAAGAAAUUGUUUGCAGUUAUGACUUUCCUGAAACUUCAGAUAAAAGUUCAAGCUGUUCAUUGUGUUUUGACACCGAUCAUAAUACUAACAGAUACAAGCAGUUGCAAGAAGCAGCUUUAAGAGAAGAUUCCAAUGAUAAUUACUUGUUUUGUCCGACUGUGUUGGACAUAAGUGGUGAUAACUUUGAGCACUUUCAGAAACACUGGGGAAAAGGUCAUCCUAUAGUGGUCCAAGAUGUUCUCCAAAGUACAUCAAACCUCAGCUGGGAUCCACUGAUCAUGUUCUGUACUUAUCUUGAGCAGAAUAUUACGAGAUAUGAGAAUAAUAAAAAUGUACUUGAAUCUUGUUUGGAUUGGUGGGAUGUUGAAAUUAACAUUAGGCAGUACUUUACUGGGUCUGUAAAACGCCGUCCUCAAAGAAAUACUUGGCAUGAGAUGCUCAAACUAAAGGGGUGGCUUUCUUCCCAAAUAUUCAAAGAGCUGUUUCCAGCUCAUUUUGCUGAGGUAAUUGAUACUCUACCAGUUCAAGAAUACAUGCAUCCCUUGUCAGGCCUUCUGAAUUUAGCUGCAAAUUUGCCCCAUGGGAGUGCAAAACAUGAUAUUGGACCAUAUCUCUAUAUUUCUUAUGGCUCUGCUGACAAAGAAACUGAUUCUGUGACAACACUCUGCUAUGACCCAUAUGAUGUGGUUAAUAUUAUGACACAUACCACAGAUGCCCCCCUCUCUACAGAACAACUUACAAAAAUAAGAAAAUUACUGAAAAAGCACAAAACUCUGUGUCAAAUGAAGACUAUUGGUACUGAGGAGCCACAAGAACAAAAAGUGAAUGGAAUGAAAUUAUUGCAUGUUGAAGAAACGGAGCAAAGAGGCUUGCAGAGUAUGGUUGAAGAAGGAAUGAACUUUUUCAGGAGAGUCAAUAGAACGUCUUGCAUCUCAACUGAAGCUAAAAGAGUUUCUAGUCAGAGCAUGGACAGCAAUGUUUCCCAGAAUGGAGACUGUGAUUUAUGUUCUGAAUCUGAUUCCGGACGCACACUACUUCUCCUUGGGACUGUUCAAACCAAUGAAAUCUCUAAACAAGAUAUUCCCAGAAAACCCUUUGAAAGCUCAAAAAGACAUAAAAAUAAGUUUUCUGAGCAUUUGGGUGCCCAGUGGGAUGUCUUUCGCAGACAAGAUGUACCGAAGCUCAUAGAAUACCUUAAAAGACACUAUGAUGAAUUUUCUUGUACCCGUGACCAUCACAAGAAGAUGGUUCACCCAAUUCUAGAUCAGAACAUUUUUCUUGAUAGUACUCACAAAAAGAGACUAAAGGAGGAAUUUAAGAUUGAACCUUGGACUUUUCAGCAACACGUUGGACAAGCUGUCAUCAUUCCUGCUGGAUGUCCAUACCAGAUAAGGAAUUCUAAGUCUUGUGUUCAUGCGGUAUUGGAAUUUGUGUCCCCUGAAAAUGUUACAGAGGGUAUCCAGUUGAUUGAUGAGGUCAGAAUAUUGCCUGAAGAGCAUAAAGCAAAAGCAGACAUGCUGGAGGUAAAGAAAAUGGCGCUUCAUAGUAUGAAUACAGCAAUUAAAGAAGUACGUCAACUUACAAGCAAAACAUGAUUGCACCAGCUAGAAUAUAUUUACAUGUCCCCCUUGCACUAGGGAUCUCAUGUCUCAACCUCACUUGCAUAUCUUCAUUCUUGUAUAGAUUAAUGCCCAGACACAUUAAUAUCUAGUUAGGUACUUCUUAAAAUUAUUAACUUCCGUCUCAUCCCUUUAUUUUCUGCUGUCAAGUUUAUGCCUCAACUGAAUUUCGAAUAAAUUUAAUGGUUUGUAUAUAAUUCUUUAAGUUUAUUUAAAGCGGAAUGAUAUACUUAGAGUGAGAAGAAA